AUGCGCGUGCCUCCGGAAAUCCUGCGCCUAAUCUUGGAAUGGGCGGAGAACGACUUCGCGCUGAAACAUUUCUUCGCGCUUCGGCUGGUAAACAGACUGUUCGACAAUGAAGUCCUCUUUCUAGCAUUCAAAGCGCCACGACUGGACACCAUCUUUCGCAGCAUCGCGAAAUCUUUCCACCACUUCCCCUCUCGUCUAAAGCGCAAAUACCUCUAUUACCAGAUUGAGCGGCACAACCACGGGCGACCGUCCGUCUUUUCGACCUUGUUCUUUCGAGCUUAUGACCUGCAGGUCCAGAGAAGAGGGAUCAGCCCGGAAGCAGCAAGCUCACCUGCAAGGGAAGAGCUUCUCCGGGAAAUAGUCGAUAGUGUUGAUCUCUAUAUCUUCACUACACGCUACUCCAAUAACCCAUGGAUUUCAUUUGCCCGGGGGCGAGAGAUAAAGCACUGGCUGUCCAUAUUCCGCAUCCUCUUUCCGAACGCCUAUCCGGACGUCAACCUUGCCCUGCGGCUCUACCUGAUGCUUCGAGGAGAAUGGACCGCGGCUUCCGGCUACACAAUUCAGCUUCAAGUUCUACUAUAUGACCCAGUAGCUACGCAGUACCGGUUCGCAUUCGCACACGACGCAAUGAGGUUCGCUGUAUCGAGCCGCAGCUCAUGGAUUUCUAAGACCGUAUGUUGCAUGCUCGACGAGGACUUGAAGAACAUGCCGUUAAGACCUUAUAUCGAGGAAGCUGCAAAGAACGUGGAAUUCCCCCAGGACAUCUACUUCACAAACAUGCUCCUUCACAGGUUGAUGGGAGGCGAUGCCACCAGGGUAUCUGUAGACAACCAGCUGUUACCAUGCAUAGGCAAUGCGAUCGCGAACGCGCUUGCUACUGGUGAGACAGAAGUCUCUGCAAUUAUCAUAGACAUGAUGAGCAGAUGCGGAUCGAUUCGCGCCCUCCACCAGGUCUUCCACGAUGUUUAUGGAGGGGACUGGACUACUGGGAGGACGCAUAUGUUGACGUCGGCUAGAAUGAAGGCUAUCAAAGAAGAGGCUCAACUGAGGAUCAUGACUCUUGAGAAGUCAAGCGAUGUGCAGAAGCCAGAGCCACCAAAUCGCUUCGAGACGUUCAGGCUACAGUGGCAGAGGAUCAAGUCACGAAUGCGAGUUAUCUGA